GACUCGGCAAGACUUAAGGGUUUCCGGCAGGUAUUUCUCUCUCUAAAGAUCCUGGCUUGGAAUUCUCGCACUUUUGAUUUGAUCCUCGAAUUAGAAAGACGUGUCAGUAUCGAAAAUGGCAAAUGCGGCAGCUAUUGCUGAGAGGGCAACCAGUGACAUGCUGAUUGGUCCAGAUUGGGCAGUGAAUCUAGAGCUAUGCGACAUGAUAAACAUGGAUCCCGGGCAAACGAAGGAUGCUUUGAAGAUACUCAAGAAAAAACUCGGGAAUAAAAGCCCUAAAAUACAGCUCCUUGCUCUAUUCGUGCUGGAGACACUUAGCAAAAAUUGCGGGGAAAACGUGUUUCAGCAGAUUGUCGAGCGAGAUAUUUUACAUGAUAUGGUCAAGAUAGUAAAGAAGAAGCCCGAUUUAAACGUAAGGGAGAAGAUUCUAGUGUUGAUAGAUACUUGGCAAGUAGCUUUCGGGGGAGCUCGGGGAAAGUUUCCCCAGUAUUAUGCUGCUUACAAUGAAUUGAGGUCAGCUGGGGUAGAAUUUCCGCCUAGAGAGGAAAAUAGUGUACCGAUAUUCACUCCACCACAGACACAUCCGAUAGUUCACCCUACUUCCCCAUACGAGGAAGUUGCUGUACAAGCCUCUCUUGUAGCUGAUACUUCUGGACUUAGCUUGCCAGAGAUGCUAAAUGCCGAGGGAAUUUCUGAUGUUCUUAUGGAAAUGCUAUCUGCCUUGGAUCCAAAUAAUCCUCAGGGUUUGAAGGAUGAGAUCAUCGUUGACUUGGUUGACCAGUGCCGUUCAUACCAAAGCCGAGUCAUGAUUCUCGUGAAUAAUACUGCAGACGAGGAUCUUCUAUGCAAGGGACUGGCAUUGAACGACAAUUUGCAGCGAGUUCUUAGCAGACACGAUAAUAUUGCCAAGGGAACACCGCCCGUUUCUUCUUCGGUGGUGAAUAUACAAACUCCCAUUGCACCUCUUAUGAGUGUAAAUCACGAAGACGACGAACCUGAAGAUGAUUUUUCUCAGUUAGCACGCAGGUCAUCAAGGGAUACAUCGCAUGGACACGUCAGCAAGCCAGCUGUCGUCAAGAGUGCGCCCGGUUUUCUUCCACCUCCGCCAUCCUCGAAGAAACCAACUAGUGCAGAUUCUGGUUCGAUUGAUUAUCUCAGCGGAGAUUUUUAUGGCACAAAAACUGUUAAUUCAAGCAGCAAAAACUCGAUUGCUUCAACAAGUCCAACACUUUCUCCCUCUCCUUCGGAUGAUUUCGUUAAUCCUACAGCAUCGAUGUUUGCUCCGAAAACAACAAAUGACAAAAAUACCCCUACAAUCAAAUCUCCGGACAAUUUACCCCCAGCUCCUUGGGAAGUUCCGGCCACUGAAAACCUGCCACCUCCACCUGCCAGGCACAACCAAAGACAGCAGUUUUUCGAUCAACACGCAGGUGGGCCCUCCCAUUCGAGCAGUGGGUCAGGUUCUUCUUACGAUAGCUUAGUUGGUCAAACCCAAAAUCUCUCGAUCAAACCACCUGCCGCCCCGUCUAAGCAAGAGAAACCAGAGGAUGCACUUUUCAGAGACUUGGUCGAUUUUGCUAAAGCCAAGUCUUCUUCGCCCAAAACGAAUAGGUCGCAUUGAGUGAGUGAAGUGAUGAUUUGAAAUUUCGGGCUGAUUAUAUAUAGUGGGCAGAGUUUCGCUCGAUUUCUUUGUUUUUCUACAGAUCGUUGAGACUUAUAACAUACAUAUAUAUAUAUAUAUAUAAUCUAUGGAUUUAUGGCUUUUGUAUAUUCCGUGUAAUGAGUUUGUGGAUAUAGGUCCGUGUCUUUUUCGAGAGUUUAUUGUUCGUUUGUUCGACUU